AUGGCCUACAAGUUUACCUGCUCGCUGCUCCUGCUCGCCGUUGUUGCUCUGGCUCUGGCGGAGCCUGCCAGAUUCCAAGGUCGCUCCUCCCGCUUCCGGCUGGCUCGCCAGGAGGAGGCACCGCAGGACCCAGCGGCCCCUGGUGCGGAUCCCUCUCUUGAUGUUUCCCCGACGGCAGCCUCGGCGCCCUAUCCACCAGCGGGUGUCACUCCCGAGGUGCCCUUCGACCUGCCCACGGAGACUGAGGCCCAGCCAGAUCUGACAUAUGGCCCGCCCGCUGAGCCAGACAAUACGUACGGACCCCCUGCCGAGCCGGACAACACCUAUGGACCUCCUGCUGACGCUGCUCCAGCGGAUCCGGCCGCGGUGGAUGAUGCCUUAGCCCCCGAGCCCAUUCCCGCCAGUCUGAUCCAGCCACGCAACGGGCGCCUUCGCAGUCGCCGUCCAGUGCCGGAAAAACUCCGCUCCGCCCAGAUCAUACGCUCCAGGCCCGUUCUCGUCUAUACCAUCUGA